GGGGCACGCUGGGACAUCUCGCUCGCGGGAGGCGGGUGGCGGGCAGUGGCGUGAGGGACCGGGAGGCGGCAGGAUGGUGAAACUGACGGCGGAGCUGAUUGAGCAGGCGGCGCAGUACACCAACGCCGUGCGGGACCGCGAGCUGGACCUCCGGGGUUAUAAAAUUCCCGUCAUUGAAAAUCUAGGUGCUACCUUAGACCAGUUCGAUGCCAUUGACUUUUCUGACAAUGAGAUCAGGAAACUAGAUGGUUUUCCUUUGUUGAGAAGAUUGAAAACAUUAUUAGUGAACAACAACAGAAUAUGCCGUAUAGGUGAGGGACUUGAUCAGGCUCUGCCCUGUCUGACAGAACUCAUUCUCACCAACAAUAGUCUUGUGGAACUGGGUGAUCUGGACCCUUUGGCAUCUCUCAAAUCACUGACUUAUCUAAGUAUUCUAAGAAAUCCUGUAACAAAUAAGAAGCAUUACAGACUGUAUGUGAUUUAUAAAGUUCCACAAGUCAGAGUACUGGAUUUCCAGAAAGUGAAACUAAAAGAGCGUCAGGAAGCAGAGAAAAUGUUCAAGGGCAAACGGGGUGCACAGCUUGCAAAGGAUAUUGCCAGGAGAAGCAAAACUUUUAAUCCAGGUGCUGGUUUGCCAACUGACAAAAAGAAAGGUGGGCCAUCUCCAGGAGAUGUGGAAGCAAUCAAGAAUGCUAUAGCAAAUGCGUCAACUUUGGCUGAAGUGGAGAGGCUCAAGGGGUUGCUGCAGUCUGGUCAGAUACCUGGCAGAGAACGCAGAUCAGAACUAUACGUCUUCAGACUCUUCAGUCAAAACAACUUAUUGCAACAGAUGGAAUGCUGAAGCCAGGACAAGAGGCCAGCUGAGUCUUAAGGCCCACCGAUGAUGGUGAAGAAGAGAUGGAAGAAGAUACAGUCACAAAUGGGUCCUGAGUGGUGUGGUGGAUGUUUAAUAAUAGGUCGUCUUGGGACAAGUCUUACUUUUUGAACGUGGAAUGUUAGCCUUGUUUGUGUCAGCAAAAUGGAAUCUAUCAGCAUUGUCAAUGCUGAAACUGCUGCUGAUAAUUUUGUAAUAUAAAUUUUGAAAUCUAAAUGUCAAUUUUCUAAGAAAUUGUAAAAAUAAAGGCCACUCACUGUGCUGCCAA